AUGCAAGUGGUGGAUAACUUUCCGUACCUGGGCAGUACCCUCUCCUUUAGCACCGAAAUCGAUGAAAAAAUCGUCCGCAGGAUUUCGAAAGCCAGUCAAGCCUUCGGUCGCCUCCAAAGCACAGUUUGCAAUCGUCACGGUCACCAACUGACGACGAAGCUGAAGGUCAUCAUCCUCCCGACGCUGCUGUACGGAGCGCAGGCUUGGACAGUGUACACAAAGCAGGCACGCCGACUGAACCACUUAAACCUCAGUUGUCUUCGUCGCAUCCUGCGGCUGAGUUGGCAGAAUCGAUUCCCCGACACUGAUGUAAUGGAACGGACGGGAAUCCUCAGCAUCUACACCAUGUUGCGACAAAUGCAGCUGCGUUGGAGCGACCACCUGCUGCGCAUGGACGACGAGCAACUACCCAAACAACUCUUCUACGGAGACGACGCGACGGGCUCUCGUCGCCAAGGACGUCGAAUUCGCCGAUAUAAUGACACUGAAGUACUUUCUGAAGCGUUUGCAAAUUAACCCGACCAACUGGGAAGAGCUCGCUCUCGACCGGCCGACCUGGAGGAGGACAGUGAAGACAGGCGCUGCGAUCUAUGAAGCCAACCGAAUCGCAGCCGCCAAAGUGAAAAGCUAAGCACGCAAGUCGCAGCCGCGUCCACUCCGCAACGACGACGCACAACAACUUCCAACAUGUCCUCGGUGUCAACAGACAUUCCGGGCACCAACUGGACUUAUUGGACACCUUCGGAUCAACUACACCGCUCGGACCGCACCAACCUUCGUCUCCCCGCCCGCCUCUUCCUCGUCCUCUCCGCCGCCGACUAACUCCGACUACUCUUCUGAAUCACCACUUCCAUCCUCCUCCUCCUCCUCCUCCUCCUCCUCCUUCACUGCCCCUAGGACGGUCGCUCCGGCGGCUGUCACGCACGACAACACAACAACAGACACAAUCCCUCGAGCCUCCGACUCCAGAGGUGAGGACCAGGGCUACGCCUGCUCUCACUGCGACCGCACCUUCACCUCACACAUCGUCCUGGUCGGGUACUUGCGAAUCCAUCGCACAGAGGCUGUCGAACCAGUGCCUGGAGCACCAACAUACACCCACCGCACUCGCCUCUACUGUCCGCACUGCCCUCGCACCUUCACUCAUCGCAUGGGCCUAUUCGGCCACAUGCGCACCCACGAUGACCUGCGGUAG